UAAUUAUCUAUUAUAUUAUAUCAAUCAAUGUUUUGUGUAAAAAAGUGAAGUGAUAUAAUCGCAAUGAAGAUAGAUUUGGAUUACAUUGAAACAGAUUUGGAAGAGGCUUUGGAUUUAGCUGGUUCUGGCAAGUACCAGGUGUUCCACUGCGCUCUCAUGCUGUUCUCAUUAUGCUCGGCAAUGCUGGAGAUUGUCGGCACUGCCUUCGUCUUGCCGGCAGCCGCCUGCGAUCUUGACCUGCCUGACACUAUUAAGGGGAUAAUGACUUCGGUUCCUAACAUAGGCAUUAUACUGACAGCUCCGAUGUGGGGGCGCGCAGCUGACACCCUGGGUCGGAAGCCAGUGCUGCAGUUCUCCUCGGCUAUGGCCGGCACCAUCUGUCUGCUGGCCGCCUUCAUGCCCAACUUGUCCAGCUUCGCGAUUUGCAAGUUCGCGGGUUCACUUUUCCUGGCUUGCCCUUCGUCGCUGGGUUGGGCAUACGCCGGAGAGCUCAUUCCUCGAGGGAGACGGGACACCGUGGUACUCAUCUGUAAUGGGCUGCUCAUGAUGUCUUCUACUUUCAGCCCUAUUAUCGCCUGGGCAGUUCUAUCAAACGAUUUCCGAUACGACCUUGGAUCGCUGACGCUCCGUCCAUGGCGGGUUCUCACCAUAGCGUACGCGGUACCUCUCAUCCUGACUGCAGCCUGGACUGCGCGUGCGCACGAGAGCCCCAAGUUCCUAAUGGCGAAGGGCAGGAGGAGACAGGCUUUGGAAGUGUUGAGGAAGAUAUAUGCUGUAAACACGGGGCUGUCUUGGAAAAAUUAUUGUGUAACAUCACUGAGGAACGAAGAUAAAGGCGUACUACAGCUGGUAGACGGGUUAAGGUCCCUUGAACCUAAAAAACACACUUACACAGAGUUCCUAAAGCCUCCGCACUUCAAAUGGCUUGCUAUUUGCGGUUUUCUUAUGUUCGGAGCGUUUUCAUUGUUGAAUGGCUUGUUCCUGUUCGCAGCGGACACCAUCAAUAGGGUCAUGACGGACUCUGACCAAGAAGGCGCCAUCUGCCUCACCAUGAACCAACCUGGCAAUACGACAAACACAUGCAUAGACAAGAUAUCACACGAGGCUUUCAUGGUCAUGUUGGUGACGACCGUUGUCUAUGGCGUAGUGGUGCUGACCAUCAGCUUGUGUCCCAUAGACAAGAGGAACCAGCUCACCGGGAUGUUUGUUGUGGUCGGCGUCACUUGCCUCGUGUCAGUAUUGGAGAGGAACAGGAUGGUGGCAGGAGUGGCGAUGUCUGGUCUGCAAUUAACAUCCCUGGGGAUCGGCCCGCUCACUGCGUACACGAUACAUUUGUUCCCGACAAGAUUGAGGGGCACAGCCGUGGGUGCAGUGCUAAUGUUCGGCCGACUGGGCUCUGUGGUGGGAGCCAACGCGGCCGGGUACCUCCUAGCUGUGGCCUGCACAUCAACCUUCUAUGGUUUCAGCGUAUUACUGUUUGCCUGUGCUGCAUUGACCUUCUGCCUGCCGCGACCUUCUGGGACCACUCCUGAUGGGUACCUGGACACGGACGGUGGUAGCUAGUAGUUCUUGAACAUGUAAAGACAGAUGAUCUCUAUUAAAUAUAUUAUAAGCUUUUAAUCUA